GCAACUAUGUCUUCAUGAUCAUUUAUACCACCAGGCUCCUCCUCCCCCCAUCAAAGGGUCCAGAUCACUCCACGUGUCCCCCCUACAAAACCAAUCCUCACAAGCUAGCUAGCCUUAUAUAAAUAUAUAACAACACCAACCUCGAUCACCCAUGCAAGCAAAUUCCAAACCCUCACAACAACAGUUAAAAAAAAAAAAAAAAAACUCCAUGGAGAAUCGCCGGAAAAGGAGUGGCUCCGGCGAAAUCUUCUCAUUUCCGAGCACUCCGACUCCGGACCAAGACUCCGACUUCGAGUUCGGUUCUAUCACACCGGACUCUCCCUCUACCGAUCCCUACAAAAACUCUCCGGCCGACCAUUUGUUCUUCAAUGGCCGGCUCUUGCCACAUGCCUUUCCUGUUCAAACACCCAAUAUCAUCACGAUCAAUAACUCUCGCUCAACGAGCCGAACGAGCAGCAUUAGCAGCAAGGACUCGCUAAGGUCUUCGCGAAGUAAUAGCACGAACAGCAGGAGUAGUAGUUGCAGCAGUGGAAGGACAAGCUCAAGCGAUAAUUCUGAGAGAAAAUUGUUGUUUCAGAGCAAACUUUCAUCCGCAACAACUGGGAUUAGAGACAGAUACCAAGCUCAAGUAUAUGGGUCUUCUCAAAGGUGGCAAUAUAUAACACCUGUACCAUUUUUGAGUCGUGAGCCUUCGCGUAGAAAGAAAAUGGAGCUCGUGGGGAAGGAAGUAAUGUCAAAGAAAGGAGCAAAAGAGAGGAAAAGGGAAGGGUCGUGGCCUUGCCGGAGAUUCUUUUGGUGGUUUGUCUCGGCCUGCAGAGAAUGCCAUGCCAUGGAACCGUCGAGAAAAGAUGAAGAUCAUCAUGUCCAUCGUUAGUUUUCUUUUGAUUAUUUGAUUUUGAGAAUAUUGAUUGAUUUGCUUUUUCCUUGGUUUUGAAACUGUUAUAAGAAGCAAAAGUGCUUCGAAAUCCGAGAAGAGAUUCGAUCAUUGGUGUGUUAUUAAUGUUGUUUUCUUUUUUUAGAUGAAUUGAGAGAUGAUCACUAAGUAGCAAAUUAAAGAGCAUUUGUAAAGUGUUGUAAACUAUUGUAAUUGCUUAGUAUAUGAUUGUGGGGUGUCUGGUUUCCUUUUAUAAAAAACAGAAGUGCCUUAGUUCUU